UGGCAACAUUUCUCCCAAACAGCUGUUUUAUGCACCGGCUGUAAAUAAAUCGUGAAAUCUCCGAACAGAUUUGUUUAUUUUCCACCGCCUCUUUUAAACUUGGCUUAAUGGCAGUCACUAACUAGGAGCGAUCUUACCACACAACCAGGAGCAUUACGCCCACACCAACGCACAAUCCGUAGAAGGAGGCAGCGGUAACAAAUCGGGAGGGGGGCGGUGCCUGCUGAGCUUCGGAGUACGUGGCAAUGAAACUGAAACCGAAACUGAAACUGAAACUGUGUUUGAAAGCAAAUUGAGCGUGCAAUUGUACACUUAAGACCAAUCCCGUUUGCAUUCCCAACCCGCGCAUCAAGAUGACGGCCACGUUGCGUUAUCGCGGCGACAAGAGCAAUCUGCUGGAGUUCGCCAAGAACCUAGAUGCCUUCAAAAAGGUGCCGGAGAAGUACACGGAGACCACGGAAAUCGGGGGGACACUCUCGCUGCUGAGCCGCCUGCUGAUUGUCUACCUGGUCUACACGGAGCUGCGUUACUAUUGGCAUGAAACGGACAUCGUGUACCACUUCGAGCCGGACAUUGCCCUGGAUGAGCAGGUGCAGAUGCAUGUGGACAUCACGGUGGCCAUGCCCUGCGCCUCGCUGUCGGGCGUCGAUCUCAUGGACGAAACGCAGCAGGAUGUAUUCGCCUACGGAACGCUGCAGCGCGAAGGCGUCUGGUGGGAGAUGUCCGAGCAUGACCGACUGCAGUUCCAUGCCAUUCAGAUGCAGAACCACUAUCUGCGCCAGGAGUUUCACUCGGUGGCCGAUCUUCUGUUCAAGGACAUCAUGCGGGAUCCGUAUCCGGCGCGGGAGAGUCCAUCACAGCUGCCCGCUGCCGCGCCGCCAGGAGCCCUGCCCGUGAUAAUGGAUCUCCAGCUGCCCAAUGGCCAGCAGCACAAUGCCGUGCCGGAGAACAAGUACGAUGCGUGUCGGCUGCACGGCACUCUGGGCAUCAACAAGGUGGCCGGAGUGCUCCAUCUCGUGGGCGGGGCACAGCCCGUGGUGGGCCUCUUCGAGGACCACUGGAUGAUCGAGCUGCGACGCAUGCCGGCGAACUUUACGCACCGCAUUAACCGGCUCAGCUUUGGCCAGUAUUCGCGGCGGAUUGUCCAGCCGCUGGAAGGCGAUGAGACCGUGAUCCACGAGGAGGCCACCACUGUGCAAUACUUCCUGAAGAUCGUGCCCACGGAAAUCGAACAGACAUUCAGCACCAUCAACACUUUUCAGUAUGCCGUCACCGAAAAUGUGCGGAAACUAGAUUCCGAGCGCAAUUCGUAUGGCUCCCCGGGCAUUUACUUCAAGUACGACUGGUCGGCUCUCAAGAUUGUGGUGGGCAACGACCGUGACAACUUGGCCACCUUCGUCAUCCGCCUGUGCUCGAUUAUAUCCGGAAUCAUUGUCAUCUCGGGCGUCAUCAAUUCGCUGCUCCUGGGCCUUCAACGUCGCGUGCUGCGCACAUUUGCUCCCGAAUUGUACCAGCGGCUGAACAAUGCCAGAGCAGCUCCGUUGGCUGCUCCGUCGUCUGUUGCUGCUGCUGCUCCAUCGUCGAUGUCCGCCGUCCAGGCUGCGGCAGCGCCGCCCGUCAACGAACUGCUGCACACGGCCAAUCUGAUGGCCAACGUGGACAUCUCGGCCUAUCUGCCCACGGCGCCACCGAAGCUCAAAGCUGGCCUCUAGCCGAACGGCCAGCGAAUCUCAGUCUGCAAUCUGCUAACCGAAUCUUCCCCCGUCUCUUUAAACUAAUUUUUUUAUUCUUUCAUUAAGAUAUGGAAAAAAACAAAAAAAAAACGCACAUACAAAUAUGGCAAAAAAUGUUGUACAUAAAUA